AUGUCCUCGCAAGACGGCCCGGACGCGGCUGCAAUCGUCCAGCUGUACAGCUCGAACUUCGUGGACAACGCCAUAGAAGUCGCGGCAGCAGCGCUUCUGGUUUACGAGUAUUUGGUGACUCUCAACCAAGAGAUCCAGCUCUUUUGGGCGCGCCGCGCCCGCGCCGCCUCCUUGCUAUUCUUUACCAUCCGAUAUUGGACGCUGCUCAACUACGUUGUGUUCUGGUCCCUUGAUGUGGCAGCUGCCCACUUUUCCGAUGAGGGGUGCGUCCUUGCGAUGCUCAAGAUACAAUUCGCGUCCGUAUCGCUGCAGUACAUACCAUGGGCAGUAUUGUCGGCGCUGCGCGUAUUCGCGCUCAGCGGGAAGCGCUGGCCACUCUCCGUGCUCGUGUUCGUUGUGGCCAGCGUCCCGGCUAUCACUAACUUGGUCGCGUUCAACUUUAGCCUGACCGGUGUGAAAGUGUUCACUCUUGGCUGUAUCGAGCAGCUCGAUGUCACGCCGCUGCAGCACAAGAUACUGUCUGUCGUGACUCGCGCAUCCCUGUCAGCCGCAGACUUCAUCGUCGUAGUGGUGACGAUUUUCGCGACGUGGAACAGAGGCCUGCCGCGUAUGUGUACAACCGAUACCUGGCGAUUAUCCUUGGGCGACGUGCUUCUGUAUAAUGGUAUCACGUACUUCCUCGUCCUGCUCGCGCUCAACAUCCUCGUCAUAGUGCUCGGUCGCGCGUCGAGCGACGCGACGGUCCAGCAAGCAAGCUACCUCACCAACAUCUCCGCCCCAGUGAGCGCGAUCCUCAUAUGCCGAUUCCUGCUCGACCUGCAGGCCGCGAACCGCGCCUCCGCCGAGUUCGGCUCGCAGAUGCUCUCCCUCCCGCCAAACCUUCAAGGGGUCGAGGAGGAGGAGGAAUCAGAGUCGGACACGCUGAGGUUCGACGUCGGUGUGUUCGGCGCGGAGACGCGGCAUGACUCACUUUUCACUGGAUGCUGGGACGGGGGCGGGGAUACCGAUACCGAUACCGUGCGUGGUGGGGAGGGGGACGAGGAGGGGCGCGCGGGCGGUGCGAUGGUCUUGCGCCCGGUUACGAGCUCGGGCGAUAGGUCGAGGUCGCGUACACGGACUGGUGUGGGAGGUCUAGCGUGA